AUGCAUCGUAGAAAUCAGAAGUUCUCAAGGAAAAGAUUUUUCCAGGAUUUACAAAAAGAAGAAACAUCAGCUUCUAAAACUUCUGAUGGUGAACAUGGACACACAAAAGAACAAUUGGAAGCUGGAAAGAAUGCCCUUGAAGAAAAUACUGAUAACAAAUUGCAGCUUAAAAGUCGAAAGUCUGCAAGGAAGAGAUUUUUUCAAAAUAUGAAAAUCCCAAUUGCUUCGGAAACUUCCAUGAACAAAGAUAAUGAAGCUGAUGCUGAACGAUCAACAAUUUUUGGAAGUAUACCAGAAUUGCAGCUUACAAGUCGAACAUCCGCAAGGAAGAGAUUUUUUGAGAACUUGGAAAUCCCAGGUGCUUCAGAAACUUCCAUAAACAUAGAUAAUGAAAUUGAUGCUGAUAGUGAAUCUACAAGGAGCUUAUACAAAAUAGAGAGAGCACCAAUUUAUGGAAGUAUACCAGUGCAAAAUGCAAAUGGGAAUUUGUGUUCAUUUGAGAAUCCGUCUCCAUUCGGCCAAGCAUAUUAUCAAAGGCAGAAACAAGAUUAUGCAUCCAGAGCAAGAAAAAAACAAGGUGUCAUUACAAAGUACAAAGAUUUUGGAGACAAUACAUUCCAGUGUGUUCAUUGCGGUGCUUAUUAUUGGCAAAAUGAGAAGAACAUGCGUGGAAUCUACACUGGUUGUUGCAGAGGAGGACGAGUGAAGUUACCACCACCAAAUACAACUCCACCUUUUCUUGAAAAUCUAUUAAAUUUGAACAAUAAUUUUCGAGACAACAUACGACUUUAUAAUUCGAUGUUUACUUUUACUUCAAUGGGUGCUAAUAUUGAAAAACAUAUAAAUGAUGGAUCAGGACCUUAUGUUUUCAAAAUAUGCGGACAAGUUCAUCACUUAAUGGGUUCUAUUUUACCUAUUAAUGGCCAACCACCUAAAUAUGCGCAGUUGUAUGUUUAUGACACUCGAAAUGAAGUUUCGAAUCGCAUAAAUGCUUUGCGUCCAAAUAAAAAACAAAGAAUUGAUCCAAAUAUUGUAAAAGGACUUAUAGAAAUGUUUGACGAAAUUAAUGAAUUGGCUAAACUAUUUCGAAAUAUUAGAGAUAAAUUUGAAGAUAAUUCUUUACCUUCAUUUAAUAUGACUUUUUUAAGUCGAGGACCAUCUGAUAGUCGGCAAUACGAAGAACCAACAAAUGAGGAAAUAGCUGGUCUGGUUAUUGGUGACAUUGGUGAAUUUCAUUCUGAUAGAGAUAUUAUUGUACAAUCUAAUGAUGGAUUUUUAAGGCGUAUUUCUAAAAUACAUCCAAAAUAUAUGUCAUUACAAUAUCCUUUACUUUUCCCAUAUGGUGAAGAUGGAUAUAAGAUCAGCUUAAAAUUGAUACCAACUUCAGGAAAUGAAGACAAUGAAGGCAAAAGAAUGUCAAUGGGUAAUUACAUUGCAUAUCAAAUUCAUGAUAGAAAUAAUAAAAUGAAUACUCUUUUAAAGGGUGGAAGAUUAUUUCAACAAUAUUUAGUCGAUGCGUAUGCAACUGUUGAAGAAAAUCGUUUAGAUUACAUCAGAAAAAAUCAAGAUAAAUUCAGAAUAGAAAAGAAAAUGGAUAUAUUUGCUGCUGCUUCAUCUGGAAUUACUGAAAGUCGUGAUGUCGGACAAAGAAUCAUUCUUCCAAGUUCUCAUACUGGCAGCCCUCGAGACAUGAUUAACAAUUAUCAAGAUGCGAUGGCAAUUUGCAGACAAUAUGGCAAUCCAGAUCUAUUUAUAACUUUUACUUGCAAUCCUAAAUGGCCAGAAAUAACAAGAUACUUUAAAAACAAUCAUGGAUAUAAACAAGAAGAUAGACCUGAUAUUACUUCAAGAAUUUUCCAAAUGAAGUUGGAGGAUAUGAUUACAUAUAUUAAAUCAGGAGAGCCUUUUGGAGAAGUUGAAGCAAAUGCACCAGAAAACAAAAAAGCGACACCAAUUCGCAGUAUAAAAGCCCACCAGCUCAAUUACAAGAUCACUGUUCGUGUUGGGAGGAUAUGGAGACCGAAAAAAUAUGACAGUGAAGAUUAUGAUGGCCUUCAUUAUAUUCUGAUUGAUGAAAAUGGAGAUACAAUUGAGGCUAUCAUUGAGGAAGAAUACUGCGAUUAUGUGACUGAAAAGAUGAAAGAAGGAGAAAUCUAUAACAUUUAUAAAUUUCACAAUAGAAGAGAUCCUUUUAAUAUUAGAGUAACCAACCACCCCAUCCAGCUUCUCUUCAACAGAUACACCAUAUUUGAGCCAACCGGGAAAACUGUGCCUUCACCUCCAAGAUAUGGAUUUCACCUUCUAGAAUUUCAUGAAUUCACUGCCCAACUUGAUAAACAAGAUGUCUAUGCAGUUUUUGUGCCUGAGAAAAAAAAGAUGGUGCCUGUACGCAAUAUUGUUCUUGCGAACCUGAGGAGAGAAGAACUACAAGUCUCACUUUGGGGUGACAUAAGAAACAAAAUUGAUGUGAAAGCAGUUGACGAGUUACCAUCAGCAACAUUUGCUGUCAUCACCAGCUUAAAGGCAACAAAUCUCAAAGGUUUUCAAAGGCAGGAGAUAAAGUAA